UAGUCGGAGCGACUGGAGAAGCGGCGUUAUCGCUUGCUCAGCGCUUAUCUGCCCCAGCGAAGGAAGCGCCGUCUUCCGAAAGUCGUCUUGAGGCACCCAUUGAGUCCCGCGUCUUCGGGACACCUGCAACCACCUCCUGGGCGAGUCAUGGCGGACGCCUGCACGUUCCUUCAAGUCGGCACCGUACACGGCGGGAGCCAAUCUGGCGCGACCCACGACCACGGUCCGGGAGGCCAUGGCCAUACCCAUGAGGCCAUGGACGGCCCCGGUAGCUUCAGGCAGAGGGAGGCGUUUCGGACCAGGGACGACUUCGGAAAGCGGGCCUUCACCGUCGGCGUGGGUGGACCCGUCGGCUCGGGAAAGACGGCGCUCGUGCUGGCGCUCUGCCAGAAGCUCCGGGACACGCACAACCUCUGCGUAGUCACCAACGACAUCUUCACCAGAGAGGACUGGGAAUUCCUCUGCCGGAACAAGGCUCUGCCGGAGGAACGAAUGAGGGCCAUCGAGACCGGGGGAUGUCCUCAUGCGGCCAUUAGAGAGGACUACUCUGCCAACAUGGAGGCCGUCCGGGAGCUGACAAAGAAGUUCUCGCCCGAGAUCCUGCUCCUGGAGAGCGGCGGUGACAACCUGGCGGCCAACUUCAGUCGCGAGCUGUCCGACUUCAUAAUUUACGUGAUCGACGUGGCAGGUGGCGACAAGAUCCCGCGCAAGGGCGGCCCGGGCAUCACGCAGAGUGACCUGCUGGUAAUCAACAAGACGGACCUCGCCGGAGCCGUGGGAGCGGACAUGGACGUCAUGGUGCGGGACGCGGCCAAGAUGCGCCAGGGGGGGCCGACGCUCCUGGUGCAGGCCACGCACGACGUGGGCGUCGACCAGGUGGCCAGGCUCGUGCUGCAGGCCGCCAAGGACGCAGGCGUGCCGCUCAAGUGUCGGGCGGCCGAGUCGUGCUGAUGCUGACAACAGAGCGCUCUUUUUGUCCACGGCUUCCAGCCACCGCUUGUCUACGGCUUCCUCUCUGCCUGGAGCACGAAGGCUAUUUUGUGUUCAGACCAGACUUUUAUGCAAUGGACCUUUUUCAACAAUAUCUGUUCGAGAAUAAACGAAUAUGGUACCCUC